AUGACGCGACGCAUAGUACGGACGAUAAUCCAGCUCACCGCGGUAACGCUGCUGACCUUCCUCGUCGUCUUCUUCCUCGACCGCAACUUCCGAGUCCUCCCCAAGUCGAUGCACCACUACAUGCCUCAGCACCACCACGGCCUGAUCAUUACCGACAUCACAGUGACCAGAUGCUCCACCCUCAACGUCUUCUCCUCGUGCAACCUCGAUACCGACAAGUGGCACCGGAUCGAGAAGGACCUUUACCUGGGCAAGUCAUGGACGACGAGCGCAUACGUACACGUCGCACGCAAGAAGGAAGAUGAGCUGCUGCCAGAAGACAAGGUCGUCAUGGACGUCUCCGUCGGACGGCUCGACCCGACCACGACAAAGAAGGGCGAGGAGGACGAGCGGUGGGAGAGCCGGCCGUACGGCCUGUGGGUGAAGCGAUCGUCCAACCAGAAGAACAGCGACUCCAAAAAGGCCGUCACCGGCAUCGACGUGCUCUUCGGCGACGAUGCGGUCGAGGCCCGCGACGGCUGGGAGAUCACCGGCACCGCCCUGCUCCUCCCUCCCAAUCAGGACGUCCCCGUCACCCACAUCACCCUGCGAAGAGGAAGCCAGAAGGAACCCCACAAGCCGCGACCGCGGAUCCCCGAAAACGGCCGCUUCAAGAUUGUCCAGCUCGCCGAUCUCCAUCUCAGCACUGGCGUCGGAAAGUGCCGCGACGCCAUGCCCGAGGGCCACAACGGCGGCGUGUGCGAGGCCGACACCAGAACGCUCGACUUCGUCAGCAAGAUCCUCAACGAGGAGAAGCCUAACUUGGUCGUGCUCAGUGGAGACCAGGUCAACGGAGAGACCGCGCCCGAUGCACAGUCGGCCAUCUUCAAAAUUGCCCAGAUCCUGAUCAAAUUGAAGAUUCCCUAUGUUUCAAUCUUCGGUAACCACGACGAUGAGGGAUCGCUUCCUCGGUCCGCCCAGAUGCAGAUCUUGGAGUCCCUCCCGUAUUCCCUGGCCAAAGCCGGGCCCGAAGACAUUGACGGCGUCGGCAACUACUACGUCGAGGUCUUUGCUAGGGGCAAAUCGGACCACUCGGCACUGACACUGUACAUGCUGGAUUCUCACUCAUAUUCGCCAGACGAGCGCAGGUACCACGGCUAUGACUGGAUCAAACAGAACCAAAUCGACUGGUUCAAGACGACGUCCACCAGUCUUAAGAAGACGCACAAGGAGUACAGCAAGGUUCACAUGGACCUGGCCUUUAUACACAUUCCACUGCCUGAAUACAAAGAUGCCGAACUCGCCCUCAAGGGCUCGUGGAAGGAGGGUGUCACGGCACCCAACUACAACUCGGGCUUCCGGGAUGCCCUGGUUGAGCAGGGCGUCGUCAUGGUCAGCUGCGGCCACGACCACGUAAACGACUACUGCUCCCUUUCUCUAGACAGCGAGAAGAAGCCCGCGCUCUGGAUGUGCUACGCCGGUGGCGCGGGAUUCGGCGGGUACGCAGGCUACGGCGGGUACCACCGCCGGAUACGCGUUUUCGAGGUCGACACCAACGAGGCUCGCAUCACUACCUGGAAGCGGGUGGAAUGGGGCGAGACCGAUAAGAGGAUCGACGAGCAGAUGAUUGUCGACGCAGGCAGCCCUAUCGGCAUCAGAGAAUAG